AUGUGGCCAGCCUGUCGGCCGCUCCGGCCAUACUGCGGUUCAACAACCUCCCUGCGCAGCCGCAAGACCUCACUCCCACAGAUCCUCGGAGCCCUCACCCAGACUCGACUGCUCUACUCCUCACCGAGAUGGAGACAGGAAGCUUCCGCAGACACGGCGGGCAAAGCAGCCUCCUUCACCCCUCCACCAACAGAUCCAAUCACUCCGCCUGCGAAAGAGGAGGUCAAAGCGAUUCCAUACAGUGAGCUGACGAUUGGCGUGCCGCUGGAAGUCCGCACGGGCGAGAAGCGAGUAGCCAUCACGCCUCAGAAUGCGGCAUUACUCCUGAAGAAGGGUUUCAAAGCGGUGCUGGUCGAGCAUGGAGCUGGAUUUCAGGCGCAGUUUCCGGCGCACGAUUAUGAGGCGGCGGGAGCAACGCUGGUCAAUGCUAGUCGAGUCUGGUACGACAGCAACAUCGUCCUCAAAGUCCGACCACCUCGCCUCCGCAGCACGACCCUCUCGCCCAACAACUUCAUCCAAGGUUUCCGGGAAGGUGGCGUACUGAUCAGCAUUCUCCAACCGAAUAUUGACAAGAACAAGAAGAUUGUUGAUGUGAUGGCUGAGAAGAAGCUCACAUCUUUCGCCAUGGAUAUGAUUCCUCGCAUCACUCGUGCGCAGUCAUUUGAUGUGCUGUCUUCAAUGGCGAAUAUUGCUGGAUACAAAGCUGUGUUGGAAGCGAGCAACCACUUUGGUCGAUACUUGACUGGCCAGACUACCGCGGCAGGAAAAGUGCCGCCUUGUAAGGUGUUGGUCAUCGGAGCGGGAGUUGCGGGCUUGAGUGCCAUUGCUACAGCGAGGAGGAUGGGUGCAAUCGUUCGUGGUUUCGACACGAGAUCUGCGGCGCGGGAGCAAGUUCAGUCGUUGGGCGCGGAGUUCAUCGAAGUCGAAAUCGAAGAAGAUGGAUCCGGAGGUGGAGGAUAUGCCAAAACCAUGUCGAAGGAGUUCAUCGAAGCGGAGAUGAAGCUCUUCAUGGAGCAAUGCAAAGAGGUCGACAUUGUCAUCACGACUGCCUUGAUUCCUGGCAAGCCGGCUCCGACCUUGAUCACGGAAGAGAUGGUCAAUGCGAUGAAGCCGGGCUCUGUGAUUGUCGAUCUCGCCGCUGAAGCUGGUGGCAACGUGGAGUCCACAGUCCCGAACGAGGUCGUGUCAGUAGGUGGCGUCACAGUCAUCGGAUACACCGACUUUCCCUCUCGACUCCCAACCCAGGCCUCAACCCUCUACUCCAACAACAUCACUAAAUACCUUCUCUCGAUGUCUCCCAAGGAGGGACACUUCGGCAUCGACCUCAACGACGAAGUUGUACGCCGAUCAAUCGUCACACACAACGGAGAAGUCAUUCCUCCACUGCCACCUCUCGCUCCUCCAGCUCCAGCCGCCAAACCCGCCGAGAUCGUCAAAGAAGAAGUCGUUGCCCUCACUCCCUGGCAAAAGGCCACUCGCGAAGUUGCUACCAUCACAGGCGGCAUGACUACCGCACUCGCACUCGGCAAAAUGACCGGCCCAAUCUUCAUGGGCAACCUCUUCACCUUCUCGCUCGCCGGUCUGAUCGGCUACCGUGUCGUCUGGGGCGUGGCACCAGCCCUUCACUCUCCUCUCAUGUCUGUCACCAACGCCAUCAGCGGUAUGGUCGGUAUCGGAGGAUUCUUCAUCAUGGGCGGCGGCUACCUACCUCAGACCAUCCCACAAGUUCUCGGCGCGGCUUCAGUCCUCCUCGCAUUCGUCAACGUCUCCGGCGGAUUCGUCAUCACAAAGCGCAUGCUCGACAUGUUCCGUCGCCCCACUGAUCCUCCGGAAUACCCCUGGCUCUACGCUGUUCCUGGGGUCCUAUUCGGCGGAGGCUUCCUCGCUGCAUCCGCAACAGGAAUGGCUGGCAUCGUUCAAGCCGGCUACCUCGCUAGCUCCCUCCUCUGCAUUGGCUCUCUCACCGGCCUCGCAUCCCAAGCCACUGCUCGAACUGGCAACCUUCUAGGCAUCCUCGGUGUCUCCUCCGGCGUGCUCGCAUCCCUCGCAGCAGUCGGCUUCUCCCCAGAGACCCUCAUCCAAUGCCUCACAGUAGCAGGCGUCGGAUCCGCCAUCGGCGCCCUCCUCGGCCGCCGCAUAACCCCCACCGAACUCCCCCAAAUGGUCGCAGCUCUCCACUCCGUCGUCGGACUCGCCGCAGUCCUCACCUCCAUCGGCUCAGUCAUGGCCGGCCUCGCACACGCCGACAUGCUGCACCUCGUAACCGGCUACCUGGGCGUCCUCAUCGGCGGCGUAACCUUCACAGGCUCCAUCGUCGCCUUCCUCAAACUCUCCGGCAAAAUGUCUUCUCGGCCCGUGCGUCUUCCCGGCGGUUCCCCGCUCGUCAACUCCACCCUCAUGACAGCCAACAUGGCCACCUUCGCCGGGUUCCUCGCUUUCGCCCCUGGCGCUCCCGCCAUCGCCGCAACUUGCUUGGGAGUCAACACCGCCCUCUCCUUUGCGAAAGGCUACACCACCACUGCGGCCAUCGGCGGCGCCGACAUGCCUGUCGUCAUCACCGUGCUGAACGCAUACUCGGGUUUCGCCCUCGUCGCGGAGGGCUUCAUGCUCAACUCUCCCAUCCUCACCACCGUCGGUUCGCUCAUCGGCGUCAGCGGCAGUAUCCUCUCAUACAUCAUGUGCGUAGCCAUGAACCGCUCUCUGACAAACGUCCUCUUCGGCGGCAUCGCCGCUCCGGCAGCCACAUCGUCCACUGAAGUCGUCGGCGAAAUGACCAAGACGAGCGUGGAAGAGACAGUGGAUAUGCUCCGCAAUGCGCAAAAUGUGGUGAUUGUCGUGGGAUAUGGAAUGGCGGUUGCGAAGGCGCAGUAUCCGAUUGCGGAGAUUGUGUCCAUGUUGAGAGCACAAGGGGUGAAUGUCAAAUUCGCGAUUCAUCCGGUUGCCGGGCGUAUGCCGGGGCAGUGCAAUGUGCUGCUUGCGGAGGCGAGUGUGCCGUAUGAUGUUGUGUUGGAAAUGGAUGAAAUUAAUGAGGAGGGGUUUGAUGACGUCGACCUCACUCUCGUCAUCGGCGCCAACGAUACCGUCAACCCCAUCGCCCUGCAACCCGACAGUCCCAUCGCCGGCAUGCCCAUCAUCGACGCUUACAAGAGUAAGCAGGUCGUUGUCAUGAAACGGGGUAUGGGAAGCGGAUAUGCGGAUCUAGUGAAUCCGAUGUUUUAUGCGGAGAACACAAAAAUGCUGUUCGGCGACGCAAAGACGAGUUGUGAUGCUAUCAAAGCGGCGUUGGAUGCUGCUUCGAAGUAG